CGAAUGUUUUCAAUUCUUGGUAUCGUCAAUUCAUCGGAAUAGUAGAUCAUUUCGUCAUCUUUAUUUACUUAGUUUCGCCCGAAUAAAUUGAUUAGCAAAAAUCAAAUAUCAGUCUCGAGAUGAACAAAAGUAGUGGUUGUACGAUAAAAUUUACAGCUAGCGAAACUGUAAAAUCGAUACGAGAACAACGAGAAACACGCGAUAUUCUUCGUAACGCCGAUGCUUUUCAGCGUGCAUCAGGAAAGCGAGAACGGCAAGCGCUGUUGUAUCUGAAAGAAAAGAGAAUUUAUGACAUUGUCGAAUUCCUGAUUGGCAAUCUCCUGCUACGUCGACCUUAUGAUCCUUAUGAAUAUCUUGGUGAACUCUUAGACAAAUAUAUCCUAUCCCGCAGUGGCCUUGUCGAGACUCCUUUUGCAUUUCCUUUCAAUAAUUUGACGUAAUAUGCGAUAAACGCUUGCAGUUCGCGCCGAAAGCAAG